UGCAUACCAAUUUAUGAUUCUAUGGCAUGACGCGAUGGAACGCUUCAGAAGCACCAGUACUUCUGACAGUGAGGAGGCAGAUCCACGCCUCUGCCGUGGCGGGUUUUUGCACGGGCAGGUGCAACCCUGGCUGGCACUGGCCACGGGAGGUGCCUUGGUUGCAAGCUGCCUGGUGUUGACGCUGGUGGCCACGGAAGUGUGGCAGCUUCUGGCAGCUGUUAGUGCGUGGCAAGCAGGGCCAAAGUUGCCCCAAGUUCCUGCAGUGCACGCCUCCUGUCCGUGUGAUUGUGAGCAUGGGCCCAACGAUGACCAUGACGCCACCACACAGGCAGAGAAGUGUCGCGCAGGUGACGCCUGCUUCUUCGGAGCAGGCUGGUGCGCUCGCAGGACAGGCCGCGCGAGCCCGCAGCCUGCCCUCGGGGAGUGCAUCAAGCGGAGAUGCGGGGGCCCGCGGGCGGAGAGCUUCGACAGCGGGUGCGACCGGGCCAAAGAGCCUCCCUUCGGCGUGACCUGGCUGGUGAAGAACUUUCCCCAGAAGGUGCGUGAGGUCUUUAAGGACGGCGCCCCGGGAGUGAAUCGGCACAUGAACGCGCCAGGCGGCUCCAUGGACGCCAGCGGGCUCCACGGAUUGCGCCUCACCAUCAGCGAUGACCUGAUCGAUACCUUGAACGCCAGCCUGAGCCGUUUGUCCAUGGUCUGGCGCGUGGGUUGUUGGCCGCCCUCUCGGUACUUGGUGGCCAGUGGCGCGGUCACGGUCUCCUCUGGCUGGGUGCGCCUAAAUGCGGCCGGGCGACAGGUGGAGGUGCACAUUUCCGAUGGGCUUGUGUACGUCAAGGACCUUCGAGUUGAGAUCAGCUGCCCUGGAGGCAACUUCACCAUCGCCGGCUUCGGGGACGGCGCCUUGCGCGACGGGACCCUCACUGCCGCCACCCUAGAGGUGGAUCCGCAGACCCGCGUGUCAGGACUGCGGUGCCAGGGCGGGUGGGGCCUCUUCUGCUGGCUGGUGGCACGGCUGGCGCCGGCGGAGCUGAUGCGGAGCUGGUUGCCCACCUUGCUGGUCUACGCCAUCUCUGGGUGCACGGGCAUGGUGUUGGGCCCCGGGUGCCAGAGCCGCAACUCCUUCGCCCUGCUGACCUACACCCACAAGGACUGCUGCGAGGCGGCCUACCGGGACGACUACACCGGCUGCCUGGUGGGAGGUCAGUUCAACGGCAGGCUCAUGCCCAGCCAGGGCUUGGUUCAAGGCGUGGAAUGCGAGUACAGCAAGGACGCCAUGGCCUUCCAAGCCCGGUGCGAAGACGUGCCUGGCAGCUACAGCCAGAAGUGGCCCGGGGUGUGCUGGGAGGCCGAUAUGGUCUGGCGCGCUCCGGAGACACCGGGCUUCGACGGCCAACACCUCCGCACCCAGAUCUGGCGAAGCGCGCGCUGGCUGCUGGCUUGGGAGCUCUCAUUGAUGCUGGCCUUGGUGGUUCUUCCGGUGGUGCUGCUGGUCGGCUGCCUGGCGCUUCGCCGGGGCGCUUCUGAGCGUGAGUGGCAGCGCAUAAGCAAGGAGUGACCGUG